AUGCAGUCCUUCAGCCCCAUUUUCUUCCUCAUCCUCCUCUUUCUCCUUGAUGGUCUGGGUUCCAAGGCAGCUCCCUCAACCUCUCCGCCUGUGGGUUCCGACCCCCAGGGGAUAAUCCCGCCCUCUAGGAUGCCCGUUGCUCUAGAAAAUUCUACUACAGACAGGCCUACCCCAGGAUACCCUCCAACGGUUCCUCCUGAGCCCUCCAAGACACCACCCCCCAGACCCAGCCUCUCAGAUUCUCCAGAGACUCCCAUGCCUGCCCAGCUCACAAGCUCAGUCACAGAAUCCCAGGAUGGUUUGCAAACGAGCCCCUCCAGAGCAACACUGCCAGAAUCUUCUGAGAUCCCCAAACCUGACCUGACUGCAAUUUCCCAGUCUGGAUCUCCUGAAACCCAAAAACCUAGUCCCUUCAAAACUUCACCCUCAGAAUCUCUCAAAGCUGAACACACUGACCCUACACCAACUACACACCAAGACUCCCCUGAAAUCCCCAAAGGAGAUACCCCCCAAAUCUCUCCUGGUGAAGGGCCUAAGAUACCAAGUCCUGGCCCCACCCAACUCCUCAGCUCCACAUCCGGAGAGACCUAUGACCCUGGUACUAAGAGAAUCCUAAAUUCUGCAUCACUGCCAAGCACCCGUGCUGUCCCCACAGAAACUCCACAGUCAGCACUUCUCAUCACCCACCCCAAUCCCACUGACAUCCCCCAAACACAGUUCCCCACAACCACCAACCAAAAUGCAACAGCGAUGGCUGUGACCUCUGACUUGGAAAUCACCACUGGUCUUCCCACCCAACCACCAGCAACCUUCAGGGAGGAAGCCACCACAUCCAGUGAGCCAGGCCAGAGUCCCAGCCCAGAAUCCCCUGCAGCCUCCCAAGCUGCCACACCUAGCCUGUCCAUGUCAGAUUCCCCAGGGACCAAAGAGCUGAAUAUACCCCAGAACUCAGGCCCCAAAGGACCAGAUAUCCCUCCUCCCUCAGCACGGAUUGCAGGCCCCCCUGUUCCUCCAGAUCACCCCAAUCAGGUAGCCCCUGGGGUGCCCCAGUCCCCUCAGAAACACGGCCGAGGAGAGACAGUCAAUACAAUCAUCGUGGUGGAGCGAGUGAAGGAGACUGGGGUGACUCUGGUCAGCCGCGUGCGAGGCUCCACCAGUGGGUCCCUGUGCCUGUUCUUCGCUGGGACAGGGAUGCUCAUUGGCAUAUUCCUCUUAUUGUGGUGUCUCUACCGCCGGGCCUCCAGACACAGGUCCUUUGCACACCACCGGCUCCGGGACAGCGGAGAUGAACCAGCCCUGCACCUGGAUGCCCCGAAGGACCCCUUGGACCUCUACUUCUACGCGUCCGAUGCGUGGGUGCCGUCGCACAUCGCCACGCAGCAGCCACCUCCCACGCCCCCACUGCCGCCCAAGCUGCCCCCUCCGCCCCGCGGCCCGCAGCGCCUGGAAGCCCUGUCUCCCGCCGCACUGUCCCCCAACUUCGUCUGA